CGGAGGACAGUGGGAAGUGGGAACUCUAUAGUAGAGCAGGAAGACGUCUUGGGACCAAUUUCAACUUUCCCCCUCCUCACUCAAUUCUCUCUCUCUCUCUCUAAAUCUCCUGAUUAAUGCAAGAAUCCGGGAUAUAUGUGGGUUCUCUAUGUUUUAGUCUAACGGAUAUUUUCUUUGUAUAGUUUCAAGAUUCCUUGGUGUGGAGGGAUAAGGGUUUACUUGAGAUUUGGCUGCAGUGAUUUUACAAAUUGAAGACGAGUUGAGGAGAAAGUUUACGAGUGGAACUUGUUUGACUGUUUUCUUGAAUGGCUCGGAGGAAAAGAUUCAAGAAAACCUCGUGCAUGUCAAGGAUUUUACCAAACUAUGAGUUUCUCUUGCGUUGGCGUUGAUAUGAUCUUCGUGGCAGGCUGUGUUUGCUGAUUGUUAUUGGAUUCUUAAUGGACUGUUUGAGUAAGAAGAGGAAGGGGGUCGAGAUCUCCCCCGCGUGUAAUAAGAGUAUUGAGGAACAAACUCGAUUGGCGACAGUUUGGUCGCAUUUCUCACUGGAAGAUUUUUCAAGAAGGAAAAAGAAAUGCAAGGAAGUAGUAGUUUCAAAUAUUGUUGAGUCGCAUAGAAGUGUUGUUAAUGGUGUUGCCACUGCCCCAGCAUGUGGGACUGGUUGCUUGGAAUUUCGAGGAAGAGGUCUUAAGAGGAAAAUUGGUUGUAUUGAUGUAGCCACUCAAUUAGGUAGGAAGAAGAAGAUUGAGCAGGAGUAUGAGUUGGCUAAAAUUAUAGGACAAGGGAAGUUUGGGUCAGUGGCGUUAUGUCGUAGCAAGGCAACCGGGGAGGAGUUUGCAUGUAAGACUUUGCGGAAAGGGGAGGAGAUUGUGCACCGGGAAGUGGAGAUAAUGCAGCACCUCUCUGGGCAUCCAGGUGUUGUCACACUGAAGUCAGUAUAUGAGGAUGCUGAAUCUUUCUAUCUGGUGAUGGAGCUGUGCUCUGGGGGUCGAUUACUUGAUCAGAUGGCUAGAGAAGGUCUAAACUCUGAGCAGAAGGCUGCUAACAUAAUUAAGGAACUGAUGCUAGCUGUUCGAUAUUGCCAUGAGAUGGGUGUUGUCCACCGGGACAUAAAGCCGGAGAAUAUCCUCCUCACCACCUCUGGACAAAUGAAGCUGGCAGACUUCGGAUUAGCUGUGAGAAUUUUGGAUGGUCAGAGCCUUAAUGGUGUUGUUGGAAGUCCUGCUUAUGUUGCUCCUGAGGUUUUGCUAGGUAAUUACUCAGAGAAAGUGGAUAUUUGGAGUGCUGGUGUCCUUCUCCAUGCACUUUUGGUAGGUGUGCUACCAUUUCAAGGUGACUCUUUGGAAACUGUGUUUGAGGCUAUCAAGAAAGAAAAACUGGAUUUUACGGGUGGUGUCUGGGGUGCUAUAUCACAGCCUGCCCGUGAUCUGCUCUCAAAAAUGCUAACAAGAAGUGUCUCAACGAGGCUUACUGCAAAUGAGGUUUUAACACAUCCAUGGAUUUAUUUCCACACCGAGCCAACAUUAAAGACGCUAACUCUUGAACCAAAGAAAAACCAUGUGAGAUUGACUCCAAGGCAGCUGAAUUGCAUUCAUGGACAAGAGUCGGAGAGAAAAAGGUUAGUAGUACCCAGUAACAGUCUCAGUGACGACUCUACCACAAUUUUUGCUUCUGGUCAUUCCAGUGAAUCACCUGAGGGAGAAGACAGUGGUUUGGUCGAUGUACUAGCUGCAGCUAUUUCACGUGUUCGUAUAUCUGAACCAAAAAGAAGCAGAAUUUGCAGUCCGUCGAUGCCAAUCCAGCAGGAAUGUUCAUCUAACUUGAAGACUACCAACCUCUGUACAGCAUUUUAAUCAUACUGCACUUAACCUGCUGAUGCAUCUCAGAGUUUUAAAUAUAGCUGGGAUAUGAAAAGAAUAUUUAUGCUAAGCCAAGUCUAACAAGAGACUGCCUGCUGGUUGAAGAAAUCAAAAGCAUGAUGAACUAACUUCUCGUGUACAUAAAGUGCUUACGUGUUAACACUAUCAUCAAUAACAAGGUUUGUCUGGUAAACCCAAGCUGGCGUGUUUAAUGAAUAUCUCUAUCUAGCUCUUACAUAGUGAAGUUCUUGUAAAUAAACCACGUUUAUUGUUGGUGUACUUAUUCAAGCAUCUGAUGACUGUAUAUGGGACUCUAGCUGCCUCUCAUUAAAGUGCAUCAACUAGAUGUUCAAGGUUAAUGGUGGUUAAAAAGUCGAAUA